CAACACUCACCAAUGUCAAACUCAGAAAACAACAUCCAGCACACUGGUGCACAUCUCCAUGUAAUGAUGCAACCACCUUUCAGUGAAACUCGAUUAUUUAGCUCUCAUCAGUUGCCUGGCAACGAAAUAGACACCUCAAACCGGAGAUGUUUCUGAACUUUACAAGUUGACGCGUGUACGUACAGACUGUUUGUUAACUAACAAAGUUGAAGGGGGCAGUAGUGACACAUUUAUGCGUGCGUCCGCUCGCAGCAUGCUUGUAUAGUGAUGUCAGCCACUGGCUCUAUGUUAUCUGUGUGAGCGGUAUUCAGAGUGCUUCCCUUCCCCGCCAAAUGCAUCAAUGGAAUAUCGGUGAGUUCACUAUAGCUUGGCGGGUUCGACCACGUGGUAUAUCGAGGAUUGAACGAACAGCUGGCGUCAACAUCACAACCAACGUGGACGAGAGGAGCGAUGGACGCUGAAGUGAUGUAUUUGCCCUUGUUUUAGGCACACACGAUAACGGUGCGCGUCAAAGAAAUCCGAUCCCAUCGACCAACGGGAGCUCGCAAUCCGGGUCAGGUAACGGAGAGGAUGAUGACUCUGGUGAAGGGGUGGAGCUCCAGAAGAGCGUGGGACUCUUUAGUGGGAUCACCCUUAUUGUUGGGACCAUGAUAGGUUCGGGUAUAUUCGUGUCUCCCCGUGGCGUUCUCAUUGGCUCGGGGUCGGUCGCAAUGAGUCUCAUUGUGUGGGCAGGGUGCGGAAUUCUAGCCAUGAUGGGUGCUCUCGUAUAUGCCGAGUUGGGUACGGCCAUUGUUAAAUCCGGCGCCGAGCAUGCCUACCUACUGCAUACGUUUAAGCCAAUGAGCAAAUGUUGGGGACAGGUGCCUGCCUUUCUGGUAGCUUGGCUCGGUAUCUUCAUCAUCAGACCGUCCAUGUUUGCUAUCAUGGUGCUCAGUCUCGGGACGUACGCAACCCAGCCCUUCUACACGCCGUGUGAAGCCCCGCUCCUUGUCAAGAAACUCGUAACAUGUGCAGCUAUGUUGUUAAUCCUGCUGAUAAACUGCGCCAGCGUUAAAGUGGCAACCAAAGUCCAGAACAUUCUGACCGGAAGUAAAUUGGUCGCCAUUGCCAUUAUAUCCAUUGGGGGGAUCUACAAGAUAUCUACAGGGAACGCGUCUUAUAUCGCCGAGGGCUUCCAGGACACAGAGAGCAACCCGUCCAUCAUCGCACUGGCUUUCUACAACGGCUUGUGGGCAUAUGACGGAUGGAAUAACCUCAACUUUGUCACGGAGGAAUUAAAGAAUCCACGAAGAAAUCUGCCUCUAGCCAUUAUAUUUGGUAUUCCGCUGACGACGAUAUGCUACGUCCUCGUCAACAUAGGCUACUUUAGCGUCAUCUCGAAGGAGGAAGUCCUGCUCAUUGAUGCCGUGGCAGUGACUUGGGGAAACAAAAUACUUGGAGUUAUGACGUGGAUCAUCCCGUUUUUUGUCGUUCUGUCCUGCUUCGGCGCAGCCAAUGGGUCGCUGUUUGCAAGUGGGAGAUUGUGCUACGUGGCGGCAAGGGAAGGGCAUCAGAUGCAGGUGCUGUCCUUCAUCGAUAUACACCGACGGACGCCAGUCACGGCACUUAUAUUUACGACAGCUAUGGGCAUGCUGAUGAUUCUGCCCAGUGAUCUCAGUAGCCUCAUCGACUUCUUCGGGUUUGCUGCUUGGCUGUUUUACGGUCUCACCUGUGCUUCGUGUAUAGUACUACGCUUCACCCAGCCAGACCUGCCGCGGCCCUACAAGGUUCCCAUCGUCGUUCCUAUCCUGGUGGUGUUGGCGUCAAUAUACCUCGUCAUCGCUCCCAUCAUCCAGGAUCCCCGGAUGGAGUUCUUCUACGCUCUGCUGUUCAUCGCCAGCGGAUUGCUCUUCUAUUUCCCCUUCGUCUACCAUAAGUGGUCUCUACCCGGUGUAGAUGCAUUCACGAGAUUUGUACAAAUGGUGUUUCAAGUGGCACCUUCACACUCAAUACACGACCACUGACGGCCUUUAGUAUGUGGUGCAGAACACGAGAGUAUAACUGGGUAAAGGUCAACGCUGGAUGCUCACAGAAGCAAAUCACGUUCUAAGCUCUUAAAGCACCAAGGGCGUGGAUGACUAUUUCAAAACAUGUCCACACAUUACGUAGAGACACAGACAGCACGUCCGCCUGGGUCACCUGUCUCUUCAUUCAGUUUCCAUGACAGUCGUUCAUGACAGUACUCAUCACCUGUUAAUAUGCCAUUUUCCUCACAGUUCGAGUCAUGUGUCAUUACUCGUGUCAAAUUUAUGACUGAUUGUCGGACUUAUUAUUCAGCGAAUCGAUGUUAAUCAGUCUGUCACCGAUAUCAGUGAAAUGGAACACGGGGCUGAUGUAACAUUGACCUUCUACGAAUACAACUUUAUGACGGUGUGGGAUUUAUAUCGAAACGUCGCUAAAUGCAAUAAACCAGAAGUUGUUAUCCAUAAAGUU